UUUGUUGCUUGCAUUUGGUAUUGCGUGAGAAUUGGCGUGAUCGGUUGGUUGAGAGUGGUUGCAUUUGUUCGUAACUGAAGCAGGAACAUCCUAUCAUAAUGGUGAACUUUACGAUCGAGGAAAUUCGUGGUAUAAUGGACCACAAAAAAAAUAUUCGGAAUAUGUCCGUUAUUGCUCACGUCGAUCAUGGUAAAUCAACGCUAACGGAUUCUCUGGUGUCCAAAGCGGGUAUUAUAGCGGGAGCAAAAGCGGGCGAAACACGUUUUACGGAUACGCGUAAGGAUGAGCAGGAACGCUGCAUUACAAUUAAGUCAACCGCAAUUUCCCUUUUCUUCGAGUUGGAGGCAAGAGAUCUUGCUUUCAUUAAAGGCGAAAAUCAGGUGGAGGUUAAUGUCGUUAACGGCGAGCAAAAGAAACUUCCUGGUUUUUUGAUCAACUUGAUCGAUUCUCCUGGCCACGUCGAUUUUUCCAGCGAAGUAACUGCUGCACUGCGUGUCACUGAUGGAGCCUUGGUUGUCGUCGAUUGCGUUUCCGGUGUCUGUGUGCAAACGGAAACAGUUUUACGGCAAGCUAUUGCUGAACGUAUUAAGCCUGUUCUGUUCAUGAACAAGAUGGACCGUGCUCUACUGGAGCUGCAGCUUGGUGCUGAAGAGCUCUACCAGACAUUUCAGCGUAUUGUGGAGAAUAUUAACGUUAUUAUUGCUACAUAUGGUGAUGAUGAUGGACCAAUGGGACCAAUCAUGGUUGAUCCAGCUGUUGGUAACGUUGGUUUUGGUUCAGGUUUACAUGGUUGGGCCUUCACGUUAAAGCAGUUCGCUGAAAUCUACGCUGAAAAAUUUGGAGUUCAGGUUGAAAAGCUCAUGCGUAAUCUUUGGGGUGAUCGUUUCUUUAACAUGAAGACCAAGAAGUGGACAUCAACGCAAGAUGCUGAUAGCAAGCGUGGUUUUGUGCAGUUCGUACUUGAUCCGAUCUUCAAAGUGUUUGAUGCUGUAAUGAAUAUCAAAAAAGAAGAAACGGCAAAAUUGAUUGAAAAACUUGGUAUCAAGCUUAGCAACGAUGAGAAAGAUCUAGAGGGGAAACCGUUGAUGAAGGUUAUGAUGCGUCAGUGGUUGCCAGCUGGCGAUACGAUGCUUCAGAUGAUUUGCAUGCAUUUGCCUUCACCCGUUACCGCUCAAAAAUAUCGAAUGGAAAUGUUGUAUGAGGGACCACAUGACGAUGAAGCUGCUAUUGCGAUAAGGAAUUGUGACCCUAACGGUCCAUUAAUGAUGUAUGUUUCAAAGAUGGUACCGACAUCGGAUAAAGGACGUUUUUACGCUUUCGGGCGGGUCUUCUCUGGAAAGGUUGCAACCGGAAUGAAAGCAAGAAUUCAGGGACCAAAUUAUGUGCCCGGAAAGAAGGAAGAUUUGUAUGAGAAAACCAUUCAGCGUACAAUCCUGAUGAUGGGCCGUUAUGUGGAACCUAUCGAGGAUAUUCCAUCUGGUAACAUAGCCGGUCUUGUAGGCGUUGACCAGUAUCUUGUGAAAGGUGGUACGAUAACAACAUACAAAGAUGCCCAUAAUCUACGUGUAAUGAAAUUUUCGGUGUCACCUGUUGUGCGUGUUGCUGUGGAACCAAAGAAUGCUGGCGACUUGCCGAAACUGGUCGAAGGUCUGAAACGUCUAGCGAAAUCCGAUCCUAUGGUGCAAUGCAUAUUCGAAGAAUCGGGAGAGCAUAUUAUUGCUGGUGCCGGCGAACUUCAUUUGGAAAUUUGCUUGAAAGAUUUAGAAGAGGACCAUGCCUGUAUUCCAAUUAAAAAGUCUGAUCCAGUUGUUUCAUAUCGUGAGACUGUGACCGAAGAAUCAAACCAGCUGUGCCUUUCAAAAUCGCCUAACAAACAUAACCGUCUGUUCGCUAAGGCAGUGCCAAUGCCUGAUGGACUCGCUGAUGAUAUCGAUAAGGGUGAAAUUAAUGCCCGUGAUGAAAUGAAGGCACGUGCUAAAAUAUUGGCUGAAAAGUAUGAAUAUGAUGUCACUGAAGCAAGGAAAAUUUGGUGUUUCGGUCCGGAUGGUACUGGCGCAAAUAUUUUAGUUGAUGUCACGAAGGGUGUGCAGUAUUUAAAUGAAAUUAAGGAUUCAGUUGUCGCUGGAUUCCAGUGGGCUACGAAGGAAGGUGUCCUGUGUGACGAAAAUAUGAGAGGUGUUCGCUUCAAUAUACAUGAUGUAACGUUGCAUGCUGAUGCAAUUCAUAGAGGUGGUGGCCAAAUUAUUCCAACAGCUCGUCGUGUUUUUUAUGCAUCUGUAUUAACCGCUGAACCGCGUUUGUUGGAACCUGUUUAUCUUGUAGAAAUUCAGUGUCCGGAAAAUGCUGUAGGAGGUAUUUAUGGAGUCUUGAAUCGACGUCGUGGACAUGUAUUUGAAGAAUCACAAGUAGCUGGUACUCCUAUGUUCGUUGUUAAGGCGUAUUUGCCUGUUAAUGAGUCUUUCGGCUUUACGGCUGAUCUGCGUUCUAAUACGGGCGGCCAGGCAUUCCCUCAGUGUGUUUUUGAUCAUUGGCAAGUGCUACAGGGUAAUCCGCUGGAACCGAACACAAAGCCAGCUCAAAUUGUGGCCGAAAUUCGUAAGCGUAAAGGUCUAAAGGAACAAAUACCUGGCUUGGAUAAUUUCUUGGAUAAAAUGUAAUUCACUAUUUAAAAAUAAAUACGAUUGUUUUGUUCUCUUUCGUUUUUCUCUUCCCGUGAUUGCUUUUUCGCUUUUCAAUGAUCACUGUUAUGAAUCAGAUGUGUUCUGAUUUGAUUUUGCAAAGUGUUAGUGUUUUCUUUUCUCUUUUUCUUUUUUUUAUGUCACCGUCAUUGUUGUACCCUGAAGUUGCUCAUCCUUCAGUUUUAUUUUUUCCUGAAUUUUGCCACCUAAAGCGGAAUAAAUCAAACUCGUGGGAUUUUUCAGCAUUUAACAGCCUUUAUCCUCUCUAUUGGCACGGUCACGCACGAAUAUGUUGUAAAUGUUAGGUAUUUUUUCUUUUUAUAUUCUUGAUAAAGUAUGCAAGUUUAAGAAUUAAUGUGUAUUGCAUGAGUUUCAGGAAACUUUAUAAUAAAGUUUUUUGAGGAGUCUUCAUUUUCUCUUUUAGUAUAUUGGCAAUUAUUUGACGACACUCUUUAAUGUGGUUUGUUUUUCCCUUGUUUCUGUUAUUCUGCUUUUCAUCUUGUUGAAUAAAAUAAAGGCCUAUGUUGCUCUUCCCGUUG